UCAAUCCACAUGAGCUCAUCCAGUUACUUGCGGUGAAUUUGGCGAAGGCUGCGCGGAGCAGCAUACGAAUGUUAUUUAUUUAUUAAUAUUAUUGUAUUAAUAUACUUUCAAGCUUGGCUUUCAAGCCCUGUGUAAAACAAUAAAAUAGAACACUACUUGUAUUAGCCCACGCUAUUUUGCUCCACUUACUUGCAAACUCUUGGCCUAACGCGAACUUCGAAAAGUAAUCUUCACUAGUUUGAAAAUCAAUGACUGACUUACUCUGGCAGCCCCGCGACCAACUGUCAAUGUCAGCCCAGCCUGUGUUGAUGGGCGACCAAAAAGUGACUAACUUAUUAUUUAAAUAAAAAAUGAUUGGUACAAUAACAACAUAAACUAUGUCGAUGGACGAAAACGAAUUCUUUAAGCAGACCGUGCAACAUCUGGCUCGCUGUUUGUCCAACAUACAGCCGACACCAUGGGAAAAAGUAAACACCUUGUUCAUGCUAUGCCCACAAGCAAGCUCAACUCUCGUAGUAACAACCCGCAGCAUGGAGGCCUGCAUAGCCCUAGGGCUGUACUACUUGCAGAGCGGAAUGCAGCACCAGGAUAAGCUGCAUCCGUACUUUCUGAAGGUGCUAAAGUGCCUCACUACGGCUCAGUUUGAGGAACCGGUGUGCCGGAUAAAGAGUGGGGACCGGAUCCCCAUGUCAGAGAAGUUUAGCUUCUGUCUGAACACGCUUCUAUCCGACUUGGCCACGAAACAGCCCUCGCUGCGAGAGGAAAUCAUCACGGCGCAGAUCGAGCUGAUGGCGAGCCUUACCCAAGUAAUUCUGGAGUGCCAUCAGACCAGAGACUAUAGUGGCAGUGUAUCCAAACUGCAGCUGUGCAAGGGGACUAUACCUGUGCUUAUAGGUCUCGCGAGAUCCAUGGGCCGCUUCGCUACCAUCGACCCCCCUCUCCUCUGCCGCCUUUUCCCCCAACCGCCCAGCCCAGUCAAAAACAAAGAGCCUGAACCCAACUUUGAAUACUCCACGCUAGACAAAAAGAGGAAAUUCAACCAAUUCCGACCGAUCAUACCCAGAUCUCUAUCAGGGAAUCUCAACCCUGUAGAGCAUAUCAUGGAAAACGGGAACGAUACAGUCGAUGGAACCUUAAAAAGAGGAUCUCUCAACAGUUACCAUUCUGUCCCCUACGACCCUACGACUUACUUCUUCCAUAAGUUUGGGUCCAGUUUCAAUCAGUUCCCGUACAUGAGGUUCUCCGAGUCUCCAGAGAGGAGAAUAAAUGUUCAGUUCUAUGUGAGAUAUCUGCAGAACAUUCUGUCGUAUGCGAAGAAGUUGCUGACCAAAGAUUUGCUGGCGUUUUUGGAUGAAGAGGCGGAUGAUAUAUACGCGGCUGGGCAGAUACAGGUUUUCCCGUACAAGUCGUUCUCCGAGACGCUGAACCUAGUCAUGGUGACUCUGCUGAGAGAGAUACUACAGCACCAGAAAGAUCUACCCGGACCCUUCACCAAAGAUGUGCAAGAAUUCGUAAAAUGCCUGUUCUUAAGCGGGCAAACCGAGCUGCAAUCGCGCCAUCAUGACGCCUCCGAAAAGGAAGACCGAGAGAGCAACUUCGCUACCGUCAACAAGUUCAAGGUCAACGUCAUGGCGAACUCCGCGUGCGUCGAUCUACUCGUCUGGGCCAUUGGUGAUGAGACAGGUGCCGAUUCAUUGUGUGGCCGUCUGACUGAGAAGAUAAACUCGAAUCACAAUCAUAAAUUGAUACUGGCGCAUAUGCCUCUUCUCAUGGUCUGUCUUGAAGGACUUGGUAAACUCGCAACGAAAUUCCCCACGAUCGCGAACACUUCGAUAUAUUGCCUCAGGGACUUCCUCGUCACUCCCUCGCCGAUAUUAUUUAAACUGCACAAGUUAGAGCUGGAAAAGACGGGAAAGGAACAUAUGAAAGUUACAUUACAAGGUAAAGAGCUGCAAGGCAUGACGGAGAACGGGGUCCCGGUCAAAUCUACGCCUUUCGAGAAGCUUCGAGACGCGGCCAUAGAGAACCUUUGCGUUGCCUUAGAGGCGGCACUUACUGUGGACCCCUUCUGUGUGCCUGCUCUCGUGGGUUCCGUCAGUAACAGACUAUUCACAGCUGAGACUAGUGACAGUGAAUCAUCAUUGAUAAGCACCAACAUAGUGAUAAUGUUGGGCCACGUGGCAGUGGCGUUAAAAGACACGCCGAAGACUACGGACACGGUUCUUCAGUUCUUCCAACAGAGAUUAUGCCGCGCCCCAUCAUCCCUGGACACGCUGAUAGUGGACCAGCUGGGCUGCAUGGCGCUGGCCAGCCCCGCGGGCCCGGCGCACGACGAGAUCAUGCGCAUGUUCACCGUCAUCACCGUGGAGGCCGCCUCCGCCGCCUACCACCACACCGACGACCGCAAGCAGUACAGACACGUCUCCGGCGCCGUUCUGAACGCGCUAGCGAACAUCGCGGCGAACGUCCGAGGCACGAGCGCCCGUCUCGAGCUGCUCACUCGUCUACUCGAACUGUUCGUGCAGCUGGGAUUGGGCGGCGAGCGCGCUACUGAUCGCUCACCAGCACCCGUGCUCAAGAGCUCAGGCAGCGCGGGGAACCUUGGUGUACUCAUACCCGUCAUAGCGGUAUUAGUGAAGAGACUGCCCCCCAUAAAGAACCCGAAGCCCCGGCUCCACAAGCUCUUCCGGGACUACUGGCUCUACUGCGUAGUCAUGGGAUUCACGGCGGCAGAAUCACGGUUAUGGCCGCAAGAAUGGUACGCCGGUGUAAAAGAGAUAGCAGUAAAAUCUCCGUACUUGGUCUCGCAAACUUCACUCCGUUCCGACCUGCGCGAGCUUCAGUACACUUCAGCUGUCAGAAACGAUUCUGUAUCAGUGACAGAGCUUCAGGAGUUGAAGACGCAGAUAUUGAACCUUUUGGACCAUCCUCAAGAUGUAUCGGUGAUAGUUGGCAAGCUCACGUUUGCUCCGUGUAUGUAUCUGCUCAGUGUGUACUGGCUGGAGACGUUAAGGGUGACUAACUCUCCGGAGCCCAGUCUACAGCCGAUCAUCGAGUACCUGAGUGACACAGCCCUGCAAAAGGACAAGAGUAUGAUGUGGCAAUGCGUCGCCAGUGUCGGCGACAAAGUAUUCCUCAAAUUCCUGGACGUGAUGUCAGAGAAGGUGAAGGACGAGUCCCGAGAGCGCGAGCUCGAGAGCCACGCUCAGUUCCUAUUGGUCAAUUUCAACCACAUACAUAAACAGAUACGACGAGUGGCUGACAAAUGGUUGGCUGGGCUUGUGGACCGGUUUCCUCAUCUGCUGUGGAACUGUAGGGUCCUCUGGUCCAUGUUGGACAUCCUGCAAGUCCUGAGCUAUAGCUUGGAGUUAGACCCCAAUCAGGAGACGCCGCUGCUCAAAGUGCCCGGCACUGACUUCACUCUGCAGCUGCAGGACACCUUGGAAGGUAGAGAGGGAAUAGUAAAAGAUUUCGCCGAUCGCUGCCACGGAAUAGUUCAGGAGGCCAUGAAAUGGGCACCGCAAUCCACACGCUCGCAUCUGCAGGAGUACCUGAAUCAGGUCCCGAACUCAACACUCUGGCACCACGUAGGGCUGGCGCUCGCGACCGGGGCGUUGCUGGGCGCGGCGGGACUCAACCGCGCGUCGGCCCCUCUGUCCCGCGCCGCUCUAGAGAAGCGUCCCUCCUGUGUUACGCAGGAUUCAGCUGCGUUGCUUGCUGUAGUGUCACAAAGGAGUCGAUAUGCCGGUGAAGUGGCCGGAGCCGUGAUAGCGGAAGGCGGCGGCGAGGCUGCCUUAUGGCGCGUGGGCGCUCGCCUCCACACCGCACUAAAAGACGCCUGCAGCAGCGAGAGCGAGACGGCGCAUCGUGCGGCAUUGUGGCGUGCUACAGCGCUGCUAGUACAUGCGCGACAUCAUGCGACGCAGGAUGGUACGGCACGUGCGCUGUUGCAUUCAGUGGCAUGGUCCCAAGUGGACAUAUUCACCGAAGACGCCGUGACGUCCGCCGUGGAGUGCUGGCAGUGGCUGACCACGGCGCGGCCGGAGCUGGAGCUGCGGCUGCUGCAGGAGAUGUUCGCCGCGUGGCAGUGCACCGUGGAUCGCCGCAUGGGGCUCUUCUCGCCGCAAACUGAGGAGACCAGCCCGCUAGCCGCCUAUGAGGGGUCCAAGCUAGAACCUCGACCACCAUUCGUAGCGCCGCAUGCAGUGUGGGUGCGCUACUUCUGCGAGCUGGCCGAGACCGCCAAGUACAAUAGCUACGAGAAGGUCGAGAUGCUCGCCAGCAUGCUCCAUAGAUCUUUGCCAUUGGCCGUUGGAGAUGUUCGGGACAAUAUAAACAGACACGUAGAAGCCGUUGGUGUCAGAUUCAAACUAUUAUCCUGCGGCCUAUCUCUCCUACAAGGCGACAUCCUACCCCGUUCUCUCGCCCGAAACAUCCUUAGAGAGCGUGUAUAUAGUGCUUGCUUAGAUUACUUCUGCAGAGGCCUGCAGUGUCCCAGCAAAACGUCCUGUGCGUUGAGAGAGGACAUCAUAUCGCUCAUCAAGUUCUGGCAGCUGAUGCACUCCGAUAAGAAGUAUUUGAAAAGCAGUGAUAUUGGUGAUUUCGACCAGCUGGGCCCUAGCAGUCAACAAAGUAUCUACACGUCGAACUCCCCUACUGACGCGCGCUCGUCGGUCAACAGCAGCGACAUCGGCAACCGGCAGACCACCGGCUGGAUCAACACGGUCCCGAUGUCAACCACCACGCUCAGCAGCGGCGCCGGUAGCAUCGCCGGCAAGCGGUCGAAUAGAAGCGUGAAGCCGCCGGCCAAGUCUCAGGACACGUUCGUAAAGGAUUACGUUAGGAAGAGGAAUCUUAUUCUGGAGCUUAUGGCUGUAGAAAUAGAGUUCCUGGUCACGUGGCACAACCCGCAUGGACGUCCCGAGCAGGCCAUCCCCGGCGAGGACAACAUCGCCACGUGGCGCUCCAAGCCCAACACCGAGCGCACGUGGCGAGACUACGCCAAGCUGGCCUGGGACAUCAGCCCCACGCUGGCCGUGUUCCUGCCGGAGAGGUUUAAUAACGAGGGUAUCAUCGCCGAAAUGCGUCGCAAAGUGCAGGCCCAGCCGACCGCUGUUUGCCACAUCCCCCAAGCCCUCAAAUAUCUGGUCACAACGGAGACUUUACUCAACGACGCGCAUGAGCUAGUCCACAUGGUGACAUGGGCGCGCGUGACCCCGGUGGAAGCGCUGUCGUACUUCAGCCGGCAGUACCCGCCGCACCCGCUGUCGGCGCAGGCCGCCGUGUCCGCGCUGACGUCCUACCCGUCCUCCGCCGUGCUGCUGUACAUCCCGCAGCUGGUGCAGGCGCUGCGCCACGACACGAUGGGCUACGUGUCAGAGCUGAUAAAGUCCCUGGCUCGCAAGUCGCAGGUGGUGGCCCAUCAGCUCAUAUGGAACAUGCAUACUAAUAUGUACACCGACGAAGAAAUGCAUAACAAGGAUCCGGUCCUCUACGAUACACUGGAAGCGUUGACAAAGAACAUAGUCGACACACUCUCAGGGCCCGCCAAAGCGUUCUAUGAACGUGAAUUUGACUUCUUCGGGCAGAUCACGAACAUCUCCGGAAUCAUCCGACCGUACCCGAAGGGCGCCGAGCGGAAGAGAGCGUGCCUUGAGGCCUUGAAGAAUAUUAAAGUCCAACCGGGAUGUUACCUGCCGUCUAACCCAGACUCGAUGGUACUAGACAUCGACUAUAAGAGCGGUACUCCCAUGCAGAGCGCAGCGAAAGCGCCGUACCUUGCACGGUUCCGUGUGCGCAAGUACGGCAUCGCCGAGAUGGAGGCCGUGGCGAUGGCCGUGGCGGCCGGCGAGGACCCGCCCGCUGAAGAUGGCAAAGACCGCUUCACCUCCAUGGUGGCGGAAACGUGGCAGGCGGCCAUCUUCAAAGUGGGCGAUGACGUCAGACAGGACAUGUUGGCGCUGCAAGUGAUCUCCCUGUUCAAGAACGUGUUCCAACAAGUCGGGCUCGAUCUGUAUCUGUUCCCGUACAAGGUGGUGGCCACGGCGCCUGGGUGUGGUGUCAUAGAGUGCGUGCCGAACGCGAAGUCAAGAGAUCAACUUGGCAGGCAGACGGAUAUCGGCAUGUAUGAGUACUUUAUCAAGAAGUAUGGGGAUGAGACUACUAGAGAGUUCCAGGCGGCAAGGAGAUGUUUCGUGACUUCAAUGGCGGCGUACAGCGUCAUCGGCUUCCUACUGCAGAUCAAGGACCGUCACAACGGCAACAUCAUGCUUGACACCGACGGACAUAUCAUACAUAUAGAUUUCGGGUUCAUGUUUGAAUCGUCACCCGGCGGCAACCUGGGCUUCGAGCCCGACAUCAAGCUGACGGACGAGAUGGUGAUGGUGAUGGGCGGCAAGAUGGAGGCGCCGGCGUUCCGCUGGUUCUGCGAGCUGUGCGUGCAGGCCUUCCUCGCCGUGCGACCAUACCAAGAAGCCAUAAUAUCCAUGGUGUCCCUCAUGCUGGACACCGGCCUGCCCUGCUUCCGCGGGCAGACCAUCCGCCUCCUGCGGUCCCGCUUCGCGCCCAACUCCACAGAGAAGGAGGCAGCUGCCUUCAUGCUCUCCGUCAUCAGGAACUCCUUCCUCAACUUCAGGACCAGGACGUAUGACAUGAUACAGUAUUAUCAGAACCAGAUCCCGUAUUAAUUUGUAAAUUAUAGGGAAAAAAGUGAAAUUGAAGCCCAUAGGACACCGGCUACAUGCGCUAAAAUGAAGCCAUAAUAUCCAUGGUAUUGUAACACUUGCAUGGCACUGGCAAGACAGAGACAAAACAUCCUGAUCACGGAAAUACAUCCUGGUGAAGCAAAACAUCCUGAUCACGUAAAUACAUCCUGGUGAAGCAAAACACAUCCUGGUCACGGCACCAAAUUGUGACACGUAAAUGUCACAUCUUUCAUACUGGACACCGGCCUGCCCUGGUUCCACGGGCAGACCAUCCGCCUCCUCCAGUCCCACUUCGCGCCACUUCCUCGGAGAAGGAGGCGGCGCCUUCAGGCUGUCUGUAAUAAGGAACUCGUUCCUCAACUUUCGGAAUCAGAUUAGAUUCCGUAUUAAUUUGUAAAGUUUGAGAAGAUUGAGAUUGAAUCUGAGAUUUAAAACCACCUCGACUACUAGACGGUACACAAACGAUAAUCAAGGUCACCGCACAUAAGCGCUCUCGUACAAAAUUAAUAUUGGAGCGCAGUACAGUACUGUAGCUUGUUUCGGUUGUGCCCACAAUUACCAACAGAACUCGUGUUAAUUAAAAACAUUUACGAAUAUUGAGCUGUAGUAAUGCGUGGGCUCUUACAGUAUAAAAUACAACUCAGUUGUGCUCGAAUCGUAGCAAUUUACAAGCGAAAUUGUACCUAUGUGCGGUGACCUCGUGCUUUGUAAACGCUUAAUAAUGCGGUAUCUGUGUCUAAAACUUUAGUAAUGGUAUUGAAUGAAAUAUUGAUACAACGAAAAAUCAUUGAUCUGUUCUUAUAUCCUUGAUACUAAAAUCAAGCGCUCGAUUGCGCAAUCUACAGGUCGAUUCACAAGAGCUGGCAUGAAUGGAAUGAACGAGUGAAUGAAAAUAUUUUUGUGUGUAUCACAUUAACCAAUAAAAUGGUGGCUCUGACUGUAUACCGAAGUUACUACUGUAUACCAGCUUUCGUGAAUCGACCUGUGCUCUGUACCCAGUAAGUUGCGUAAAAUCUAAGACAAUUUCGUAUUUCGAAUUUGACAAGUAAACGAAAUGGCGCUGUACAGCUCCAUACAAUUUGCGGCAAGUCUGUCAAAAGUUGACGUUUGACAAUCCAGUGACCGCAGAACAUAUGGCGCAGUACAGCGCCAUCUGUGUUGGAUGUCAAAAUAAGGAGCACGUUUCUUUCUUAGACUUGGUAUCAAGGACAUUAAAAUCGGUUUAAAGACUGAGCAAACGCUAAUAAGGAAAUUGUAUUCGCGAUUACGAUAUUCGCACUAUUUCGUUGCUUUAGUAAAACAAUAUAGUAUCUUUAACUAAAGACCAAGGUAUAAAGGAAAGGACCUUUUGCGGUUGGAACAAUUAAACUUGACAUUCAAAAUUAAACCUUGGCGUUCUAGAUAUAAAGUUUGCGGUUGGAACAAUUAAACUUGACAUUCAAAAUUAAACCUUGGCGGUCUAGAUAUAAAGUGACAUUCAGGUCUGGAAUAUUCAGGAACUAAAAUCUUGAUAGCAAUAAUGUGGAGCUAAAAUCAUUGAAAACAAGGUGGCGAACUGGAAGUUAUUCGUACUUAAGAAUAAAAUUCUUUUAAUGAUAUUGUAAUAUAUGGUGAUCAGUGUUAUUACAAUAUUUUAAAGAUACCAGGAAUUGAAUAUAAAUAUAUUAUUAUGAAUAUGUUUUUGUCGAUGUGAGGAAAUAUAAUUCCUUGUAGCUCCUUUUCAAUGUAUAGAUGAUUAUUAUUCAAUUUUGAGACCAGUAUUGUAAAUGAAGAAAAAUAACUUCUGCAGCUGACUCUACAACCCACAAGAGACUCUCCAGUAUCUGAAGCCCUAUCGCGUCAAACUUCGUUAUCUGCCUCUCUAUCGCUCUUCCAUAUACGUGCGAUAGAGAGACGAUGACGAAAUUUUGAUUAUCGUUUUUCGCGGUAGGCUCUGACCCCUAAAGUUGCCUUAAUACGCCAGGCAGACGACUCAUACAUUGUAUUCUCUGCCAACAUUGUAUUCUGAGAGAUUUCUAGAUUAGCUAAAUUAUUUAUUUUCUUAUAAGAUUUAACCAUUUCGAACUGUUGUUUCUGACGUGUGGGUAAAUUAGAUAUUAGAAUAGGAAAUUACUGGCCAAUUCGAACGUGCGCUGACUUCAAACCGAUAUCAGUAGGGCGCUUGCUCCGAGCAAUUUAUUAGGGUUGGCACAACUUGACGUCCCUAUACAUGCACGACCACAGAUAAGAUAAUGACUUGAAUGUUGACAACCCUAAAUGGCCGAAAGGGAUAGUGCCAUACAUUAGAGAGAGACAGCAUAAUUCGUCCCUACUCGUAGUGCUAUUAUUUAUUCUGUGCCGAUAUUAGAUUGAUAUUGGAAUCGUCGGUUAGCUAUGAUUGGCGUCUCGCUCGCACUAAUACUUGUGAAAUGAACGCACGAAUGACAGCCAGCUAAUAUUUUAAUAUCGGUUUGAUGUCAGUGCACGUUCGAAUUGGUCUGAGAGUAUUGUUUUCCGGCCUACCGCCACGUUAGACGUGUGGCCUCUCUGCGCACUUGUAAAUACGUACGCGUACGUGUGACAGGGAGCCAACACGUCGAAAGUGGUUCGCGGUAGGCCCUCUGUUCUCCUAUUACAGGUUACUCCCAAUAUGACACACCAUUUUACACUACAUAUGGUGCUACUUUGCCGCACUAGUGCGAUAAUUAACACAUUACGUAACUAUGUCGAAAAUUUAAAGGGCUAUAUGUACUUUAAAACGUUGAACGAUGCAUGUGUAAAUAGGUAAUUCGCAAUUCGUGUCGAUUUAAAACACUCCCUUCGGUCGUGUUUUAAUUUAUCGCCACUCAUUUUGAGUUUCCUAUUUUUCGCACUUGUAUCGUAAUGUACUAUUAAUACCUAUUUUUUCGAAGGUUCCGGGUUAACGCGUACUAUCUGUAUGUACAUGUAUAUCGUUCUUAUACUUUUUUUUCUAUAUGUUAAAUGAAUAAUUUGUUAAGUAGAUGUGUUUAGGCAAAGUAUUAAAAUGUAUUUUGCUAUUUGUACCAGUACGAUGAAUGAUUUAUUACUGUAUAUCAAAUAUUAAUGAAUAAUAGGGGCUGUGCUAUUGUUUUCAAAUGAAAUAUAAUUUUAUGUGGUUUAAUGUUACUCGAUUAAUAGUCUGUUGUUAAUGUAAUAUUUUGUGGACAUUCCUAUAAUCACAAUUAUCUUGUUGGAAUAAAGUGUGGUAAAGGUGA